AUGAUAAACUCCCAGCUGACCCAGAACUUUAGAGACUUGCUGCUCCAGCUGAAUAUGAAUAAGGCUCUGGUGCCCAAUAGAAUUCAUCCCAGGGUACUGAAAGAGCUGGCUGAUGUUAUUGUGAGACGUCUCUCCAUUAUUUUUCAGUGGUCAUGGGAGUCUGGAGAGGUCCCAGUCAACUGGAAGCUGACAAAUGGUGUCCCAAUUUUCAAGAAGGGUAAAAAGGAGGACCCUGCUAAUUACAGGCCUGUCGGUCUCACUUCAGUGCCUGCGUGGUAUCUAAAGGCCAUGAAAAGAGUGCUGGGACCUGCCCUGUCUGCAAGUAAAUGUGUCCUGAGUGCCUUCUAUCCGUGUACCAUUGUGAAAGACAGAGAAUUCUUCAUGGCACCACUAACAGAGUUACUGGCCACAGAAACCUCUCUUACUGCUAUAAACUUCAAUGUAGCGAAACAUGAUUUUCUGCAUCAGUGUAACAAUAUCUCAUUAAUUGUGUAUGUUGGAAAUGCUGACAAGUUUCUUUCAGGUGAGCCAAGGAAAUUUGACCCAAAGUUCAGAGGACCCAUUCAUAACAGGCACUGUACAGAUGUAGUUUGCUGUGUGAUCUUCAUAGUCGUCAUUCUGGGUUACAUUGCAUUAGGAAUUGUGGCUUGGGUGCAUGGAGACCCCAGGAAAGUGAUUUAUCCAACUGACAGCUAUGGGCAGUUCUGUGGUCAGAAAGAUACCCUCAAUGAGAACAAGACCAUUUUGUUUUACUUUAACAUUCUGAAAUGUGCCAGCCCCGUAGUGUUAAUAAACCUACAGUGCCCUACAACACAGCUUUGUGUCUCAAAGUGCCCAGACAGGUUUGCAACCUACAUUGAUGUUCAGGCUUCCUACAGAUACAAACCAGAUCAGUGGAAUUACUUCAGGCAGUUCUGCAAACCCGGUUUUAACAAUCCUCGCAAGUCUGUUGCUCAAGUCCUACGUGAUGAAGAUUGUCCUUCGAUGAUCAUUCCAAGCAGGCCUUUUCUUAAGAGAUGCUUCCCAGACUUCUCCACGAAGAAUGGUGUGCUUACCGUGGCCAAUCAGACUACGUUCAAAGAUGGAAGAGGGAAAACAAGAAAUGUAACUGAUCUCAGGGAAGCUGCAAACGGCAUCAAUAAUGUCUUGGAUGCAAGAUCAGUUGGAAUGAAAAUUUUUGAAGACUAUGCCAUUUCUUGGUAUUGGAUUUUAAUUGGGCUGUUCAUUGCAAUGAUUGUGAGUCUGCUCUUCCUUGUGUUGUUGAGGUUCACGGCUGGGGUUCUCUUCUGGAUUUUCAUCUUUGGUGUGAUUGGAAUUAUAGGUUAUGGCAUCUGGCAUUGUUACUGGGAGUAUGAUCAUCUCAAAGGAAUACCCGGAUCUGACCUCACUGUUUACGAUAUCGGAUUCCAGACAGACUUCAGGGUGUACCUGCAGCUGAGGCAAACAUGGUUAGCAUUUAUGAUAAUGCUUUGUGUCAUUGAGGUCAUAAUCAUACUGAUGCUGAUCUUCCUAAGGAAUCGGAUCCGGAUUGCCAUUGCGCUGUUGAAGGAAGGUAGCAGGGCUAUUGGCUAUAUAAUGUCUACAUUGUUCUACCCAAUCGUCACCUUCAUACUAAUUGCAAUUUGUAUUUCCUACUGGGCUGUGACAGCUGUUUUUCUGGCUACAUCAGGAGAACCUGUGUAUAAAGUAAUGGCUAAUCAAACACUGUGCAAGUAUGCAAACCUGACUUGUGACCCAGAGACUUUUAACAGAACCAAUGUGACUAAACUGUGUCCAGGUGCUCAGUGUACUUUUGCUUUUUAUGGAGGAGAAAGUCUGUACCAUAAGUACAUCUUCAUCUUCCAGUUAGCCAAUGCCUUUGUCUUUCUCUGGCUGGUGAACUUCGCAAUUGCACUGGGUCAGUGUACCCUUGCUGGUGCCUUUGCCUCUUAUUACUGGGCCUCUCGAAAACCAGCUGAUAUUCCACUGUGGCCGCUCUUCUCUUCCUUUGGACGAGCAAUACGAUACCAUACAGGUUCGCUGGCAUUUGGAGCCUUAAUUCUUGCAAUUGUCCAGCUUAUUAGAGUAAUACUGGAAUACUUGGAUCACAAACUGAAAGGUACACAGAACUCCUUCACUAGAUUUCUACUCUGCUGCCUCAAAUGCUGUUUCUGGUGUUUGGAAAAAUUCUUAAAAUUUAUAAACAGAAAUGCCUACAUCAUGAUUGCCAUAUAUGGUAAAAACUUCUGCACCUCAGCAAAGGAAGCAUUCUUCUUGCUCAUGCGGAAUGUGGUGAGAGUUGCAGUUCUGGACAAAGUUACAGACUUUCUUUUAUUCCUGGGGAAAAUUCUCGUUGCUGGUGGUGUAGGUGUUCUUGCGUUCUUCUUCUUCACACAGCGAAUACCAGUCUUUGCACAGGAAGCACCGACAUUAAAUUACUAUUGGGUACCACUGCUGACGGUGAUUAUUGGCUCCUACCUAGUUGCACAUGGGUUCUUCAGCGUCUAUGCAAUGUGUGUCGACACGCUUUUCCUCUGCUUUUGUGAAGACCUGGAAAGAAACGAUGGAUCUACAGCAAAACCUUACUUCAUGUCAGCUAGCCUUCACCGAAUUCUAGGGAAGAAGGAACUAAGCCCUAAGAAGGCAGUGGGAUAACAUACACUAAACCUCAACAUCAAAACGGUGUCACUUUUGAGCAAAACAUGUAUAAAAUAGGCAAAAGUAAAAACUGUAAAUGAUG